GUUAAUGAAAAAUUCUAUUUUGUGUUUUCUUUUCUUUGGCUUUGCAUUUGAAAUGUGUUUAUUACCGGCACAGAAGAGUGGUUCCAGUUUAGACGUCAGUUUAACGUCCGUCAGUAGUGAGUCCUUCGUGCAUUCAACUAGUUUCAAGGAAGGAUCACAGAAUAUCGCAGGGGAACCCAAGUUUCUUAUUGUCGGCGCCGGUGCGGCCGGUAUCGCCUGUGCGGUGUCGUUGUUGAAAAAGGGUUUCAAGUGUGUGACCAUAAUUGAGGCGGAAAAUCGGAUCGGUGGACGGAUUUAUACAAAACAAUUUAGUCACAAUAUCGUUGAAAUGGGUGCACAUUGGUGCCAUGGUGAAAAAGGUAAUAUUGUCUUCCAAAUGGUUGAUGGUAAAAAUAUGCUGCGUUCCUCAAGUUAUAUCUAUACGAACUUCGAUUGCAUUCGGUCUGAUGGCGAGGUUGUGCCGAGUAAUGUGGUGCAACAAUUGAAAACUAUAUUGGCACAAAUAUUUGCCAAACGUGACGAGGAAUUACCAACAUUUGAAGGUACGCUCGGUGAAUAUCUUUUCAGGAAUUUCUUUAAAAUAUUACACCGUGAUGAAUAUAGGAAUAUCAAUGAAGUAAUCGCAAAAGAGUUUUUCGAGAAUUUCGCGAAAAUUGAACGAUCGGAAACAUCAGCGGGACUUGAUGAAAUGUCUGGGCGGGGUUUUCAAAGUUAUAAAACCUGCGAUGGCGAUUACUUAUUGCAUUUUGAAGAGGGGUUUCUGCACUUUCUUCGCACACUAAUGGGAGCCGAUGAGCUUGGCAAUGAUUUGGGCAUACUCGAAGACAAAAUUCUAUUCGGUAUACGCGUGAAAGAGAUCAUAUGGAACCGGCAUGACUUCAAAGUCGAGGUGACUUGUGAGAACACAAGUGCCAUUUUCCUCGUCGAUCAUGUUAUAGUGACUGUGUCAUUGGGUGUACUGAAAAGCAGAGUAAAUGAAAUGUUCACUCCUGAAUUGCCAAUAUCGAAGCUUAAUGCCAUCGAAGGGCUCGGUUACGGUAGUAUUAUGAAAAUAUAUCUCGAAUUUCCCGCGCCAUUUUGGAGUAGUCAAUGGACCGGUGUGGCAAUGCUUUGGCGUGAAGAAGACGCUGCUGAGAUACGUGGCAGCCAACGUGCAUGGUUGGAAGAUAUUUACGGCUUCUACAGAGUACCCAGGCAACCAUGCACAUUGGUCGGUUGGUUGGUCGGCUCAAAUAUACCACUCGUUGAAACAAUGCCAGAUUUUGAUGUAAUUGACGGUUGUUUAUACUUGCUGAGACGUUUUCUACCACAAUGGAAAAUAAGUAAUGUUGUAGAUUUGGCUAGAAGCACAUGGGAUACCAACAUAAAUUUCAAUGGUUCAUUUUCAUUUCGUUCACUCAAAACAGAAGAGUUGUCCACAUCGCCGGCAGAGUUGGCACAACCAAUAACUAUGCUGGGGCCGGCCCCAACCUAUCGUGUGAUCACUCCUCUUAAAGGCGCUCUAGCCGUUAAGCCGGUUGUACAGUUCGCCGGCGAAGCUACACACGAUUGCUAUUUCGGUACAGUGCAUGGUGCAGUAGAAACCGGUAUACGGGAGGCCAAACGUUUAGAAGGUUACUAUGCCGUAGAUAUUUAG